AUGCAGGGAAUCGCCAAGGCGCUGAGCCAGCACGGGAAGCAGCUGAGGCUCACCGUGCUGCAGCGCAUGAACAAGGGGAUCUUCUCCUGGGCCACACUCAUCUCGCGCAUACAGAGCGAGUCCCCGGCCGUGAUCAUCCCUCACAUGGGGCUGGAGAACAUCACCGUCCGGGAAAUCCUCAGGGCCAAAGGGGAGGCUCAGUCGAGGGCGGUCUACUGGUGCAGCACCACCCAUCUGGUGCAUGAGGCCGUCAAGCACAUGACGGCCAAUAAUGUCGGGUCUCUAGUCGUGCUCAAGUCGGGGGACGACAAGCAGCUUGCAGGAAUUGUAACUGAAAGAGAUUUCGCUAGGAAGAUCCUCUUACCCGGGCGACCCUCAGAGGAAACAAGAGUUGAAGAUAUCAUGACAGAAGAGAACAAGCUAAUCACUGUAUCCAGCAAUACCAAUAUUCUGCGUGCGAUGGAGCUAAUGACAGACGAGCACAUUCGACACGUCCCAGUUUUCGACGAGAAGGUAGUUGGUAUGAUCUCCAUUGGUGAUGUGGUCAGAGCAAUCGUGGACCAACAGCACCAAGAAGUGAAACAACUGAAGAAGAAUGACUCCCAACAGGCCGACUUGAGAACUAAGAAGAAAUACACCACCAUUUCACAAAUAUCUCCAGGACAUGUUGACAACGUAACACCAGGGGCAAGCCGUCUGAAGGAGUACAACUCUAUGCUGCUGGGUAGUAUUGGUUAA